CAUAUUCUCCCUGCACCCACCAACGCCCACAUGCACCAGGUCAAUUAAUUCCUUCCGAAUCCCCUCCACGAUGUCCUCGAGCACCGCAACUGCUCAUUCAUUUGCCAGGCUCCUUAACCAACCGAAGAUCUCAUCCAAGUCGCGUGCAUCAGGCGAAGUCGACGAUGGAACCAAGAAACUUCGACGGAUGAUCCUUGUAGAUGGGAUUCCUUCAGCUACUGAUCCGACGCUACGGCCCCGGAUAUGGAAGAUACUUCUACGCAUCAAUGACUUAUCCGCGGACACGUACUUGAAAUAUGUUGCACGGGGCCCCUGCGAAGUCAGAGAGAAAAUUAGAAACGAUACGUUUCGGACUUUGGCGACUGAUCGCGGCUUCAAAGAGCGCGUGCGAGAAGACAUGCUAGUUCGUCUGUUGGACGCAUUCGUGUGGAAGAAUCAUGACCGACAAGAGUCGCAUCAAUUAGGAUUUACUUAUGUCCAAGGCAUGAAUGUUCUUGCGGCUCCAUUUCUUUUUACAAUGCCAUCGGAACUUGAAGCUUUCUAUUGCUUCUCAAAGUUCAUUGAGGAAUUUUGUCCUCUUUACGUCCAGCCCACGCUUGAUGGAGUACAUCGGGGCCUGAAGCUUCUUGACAAGUGCCUCAAAAUAGUCGACCCAGACUUAUUUGAUCUUUUGCGCAAGAAGAACCUGUCGGCAGAAAUAUACGCAUUUCCUUCCGUCCUGACGCUGUGUGCAUGCACUCCCCCUCUAGACCAAGUGCUCCGUCUAUGGGACUUUCUUCUCGCUUUCGGAGUGCAUCUCAAUGUGCUUUGUGUCAUUGCACAGCUUCUUCUCAUCAGAGAUGAGGUUAUGAGCUCUCCCAGCCCUAUGCGUUUGCUUCGUACGUUCCCUCCUCUUGAGGCUGUACCUGUCAUCGGUAUUGCUGUCACGUUGGUACGCGACCUUCCUCCCGAACUCUACGAUGAACUAGUUAAGCAUCCUUAUGAGAUCUGAACGGCGAUUGUACUACGAUAUUUAUGGUUGUAUGGACUAGCUCUGUGUUUGAGAUGUAUUAUUAUGCCUUGUGUGGAAUCAUAAUAUAAUACUUAUAUGGACAACGCGCCUCUCAC